GUGAGUGCAGUUCGGUCUGUUGUCCAGGGCGACCGUGCCCGGCUGCAGUAUAUAAAGGCGGUUAUCGGUCAAAAAUCAAAACGGACAAGCCGCUCAAACACGCUAACGGUGUCGCGUUUACUCCCCCUUUAACCUUUAAAUCCUCCGCUCCUCCACCGGCACCUGUGUACCCUCACAAGCCGGGAGAGAGGGGGUCCAGAGCGGAGGGGCAACACAGCCAGGACCGACCGGCAUGGACCCCCAAGCUAAGAGUCGACCCGGCCUGGGGGGCUUCAGUGGGCGCCUGGCCUCUCUGGGAGCUGACGGGGGUGACUCGGAGUCCGGAGCCGGUUCAGAGGAAGCUUCGGUGGGCUGCUGCAGCGACACAUUCAGCAGUCUGCCCGACAUUGAGCAGGACACACUGGAGGAGAAAUUAAGAGGACUGGCGUUCAGAAAACAGACCUCGUAUCGGAAAGCCAUCUCCCGUUCAGGCCUCCAGCACCUUGGCCCACCCCACCCUGCCUUGCCUCCCGCAUCAAACGGGCCCAACAAAGAGCUGCGAACCGCCCUGGACUGGACUGAGAACGCAGUGAACGGGGAUCACCUGUGGAUGGAGACGAGUUGUUCAGGAGAGCUCUGUUAUCUCGGAGAGGACACCUGCCUACUUAAGACCGCAAAGUCGGCCCCCAGGAAGAAAUGUGCUGCCUGUAAGAUUGUGGUUCACUCGGGCUGCAUAGAGCAAUUAGAAAAGAUUAACUUUAGAUGUAAGCCUACCUACAGAGAGGGAGGAUCCCGGUGCCUCCGAGAUCAGGGCAUACUGAGACAUCACUGGGUUCACAGACGGAGACAGGAGGGGAAAUGUAGACAGUGUGGGAAGAGUUUUCAACAGAAGUUCUUCCACAGUAAAGAAAUAAUCGCAAUCAGCUGUUCCUGGUGUAAACAGGCAUUCCACAAUAAGGUGACGUGUUUCAUGCUGCACCACAUCGAGGAGCCAUGUUCACUAGGGGCCCACGCCGGAGUCAUAGUACCCCCCUCCUGGAUCAUCAAAGUCAGAAAACCACAGAGCUCGCUCAAGAACUCUGCCAGGAGGAAAAAGCGGACAUCUUUCAAACGAAGGACAAGCAAGAAGGGACUGGAUGUGAGUAACACUAUGACUGUGUUAGCUUUGCAGGUUCAGAUUUAUUACAUUCUUUCAAGUUCUUCACAAACAUCUUUCUUUGUCAUUAUUCGUUCUGUGUCUUGCUUUCAUCAGGAGUCUAAAUGGCGCCCGUUCAUGUUGAAGCCCCUCCCUUCCCCUCUCAUGAAGCCCAUCUUGGUUUUUGUCAAUCCUAAGAGUGGAGGCAACCAGGGUUUCAAGGUGUUACAGAUGUUCAUGUGGAUCCUGAACCCUCGACAAGUAUUUGACCUGUCGCAGGGGGGGCUGCGAGAGGCGUUGGAGCUGUAUCGGAAAGUGCCAAAUCUAAGGAUCCUCGCCUGCGGAGGAGACGGCACGGUGGGGUGGAUCCUGUCUGCCCUCGAUGAGCUGCAGAUGAACCCCCAGCCUCCGGUCGCUGUACUUCCUCUGGGAACAGGAAAUGACCUCGCCAGGACGCUAAACUGGGGCGGGGGUUACACAGACGAGCCGGUGUCUAAGGUUUUGUGUCACGUGGAGGACGGUUCGGUGGUGCAGCUGGACAGGUGGAACCUUCUGGUGGAGAAAGGUGCUGCGCAGCUAGAGGAGGGAACGCAGAACCUGCCUCUGAAUGUGUUCAACAACUACUUCAGCCUGGGCUUUGAUGCUCAUGUCACCCUGGAGUUUCAUGAGUCCAGAGAGGCCAACCCAGAAAAGUUUAACAGUCGCUUCCGAAACAAGAUGUUCUAUGCAGGAGCUGCGUUCUCAGAUUUCCUCCAGAGAAGCUCCAGGGACUUGUCCAAGCACGUCAGAGUGGUGUGUGAUGGCACAGAUCUCACUCCUAAAAUCCAGGAGCUGAAAUUCCAGUGCAUUGUGUUUCUAAACAUUCCCAGGUACUGUGCUGGCACCAUGCCGUGGGGAAACACAGGCGACCACCGGGACUUUGAACCGCAGCGCCAUGACGACGGCUGCAUCGAGGUUAUUGGCUUCACCAUGGCCUCAUUGGCGGCGCUACAGGUCGGAGGUCACGGAGAGAGAUUGCACCAGUGCAGAGAAGUCGUCCUCACUACCUUCAAAACAGUUCCUGUUCAGGUGGAUGGUGAGCCGUGUCGACUGGCUCCAUCCACGCUCAGAAUUUCCCUCCGAAAUCAGGCCAACAUGGUCCAGAAGAGCAAGAGACGCACCUCUGUGCCCCUGCUUAAUGACCCCCACGCAGUUCCAGAUCGUCUGCGUCUCAGAGUGAAUCGGGUCAGCCUCCAAGAGUACGACCGACUGCAGUACGACAAAGACCGGCUACGAGACAUAUCCAUCCCUGUAGGCAUUGUGGUGGUGAGGGGAGACUGUGACCUGGAGACAUGCAGACUCUAUAUCGACCGAUUACAGGAGGAUUUACACCAGGCGCCAUCUACUGGCCACAGAGUGCACUAUCAGGAUGAGAUCCGAGGCGUCCCGCGGACAAGUUCAACUAGCAGGCUCUCUCCCCACUGGAGCUUCUUGGACUCCACGUCAACUGACCGCUUCUAUCGUAUCGACAAGGCUCAGGAGCACCUCCACUUUGUGACGGAGAUCUGUCAGGACGAGGUGUUCAUUCUGGACCACGAGGGCCCAUUGGGGGGGCAGGGCUCGUCCACGGGGAUGCCUGAUCUGGUGGUGGAGCCCUCUUCUGGUGUUUCCUUGACAUCCGAUGAACAAGCCCUGCUGACGGCCGCCAGCUCAGGAGAUCUUUCUAUGCUGACGGAGUGUGUGCGUCGGGGUGUCAGUCUGAUGGUCAGAGACUCUGCGGGAUGCUCAGCGUUACAUAUAGCGGCUCACAGCGGACACACUGAGCUGGUCAGCUUCAUACUGCAACAGGGCUCUAAGGUGCUUCUGGAUUUGACGGACAGAGAAAAAGGAGAUACUGCCUUGCACAAAGCAGCCUCAGAGAAGCACCACACAGUUUGCAGAUUGCUGGUACAGGCUGGGGCGUCCCUCGAGAAGACCAACUUCCAGGGGAAGACAGCCGCGCAGCAGGCGGAGGGAGACUCAGAGCUCGCCGGCUUCCUGAACGCUCAACAACACACACCUUCUGUCAACCACGAGGACCUGGAGACGGCUGUCUGAGGCACAAACACACUCACACACUCUCUGGACUCCGCACACACUCGUAGUGGAGACGAGUCUGGAAGAGAAAGUGUAAAAAAAAAACGGACUCUGCAGAUGAGAGACGAACAGUGAGCGGCCUCGGCUCCCAGCAGCACCGCAGUGGACUUUUAACGGUCAAAUAUUUAUUUGUAUUUAUUUAUUCAUAUUCUAUUUAUUGGUUGUGCUGAUUGACUGAGUGUUUGCUAGUUAAGGGUUCAGGAUGUAAGUGCACUUUGAGCGGACGCUGUAAGCUGAGAAUGGGUUCACUCGGCAAGAAAAUGUGUUGAUGAAACAUUUAGAAACUCUUUCUGUUAUGACAUAAAUACUCAAAGUUUAAUAUAUGUUUACCCUAUGUGUGCCAAAGACAUUACAGUAAUGUAGUGUCAUAUCUAUUUAAUGUUCCUAGAAACUAUCACAGUGGUUUGUUUUUCACAUAAAUCUCUGCUUUCAUACCAAAUGAUGUAAUCUUAAUGUUUCCAUCUUCAGAACAGGGUUGACGCUUUGAUAAAGUUAUUAAAUCUUAUCUCCACUGUCUCACAUCAGUCUAAGUUCAGAUGAAAGGAAACUCUUUUUUUAUCACAUGCUUCCCACGUUCACAUGAGAAUACCAGAAACUCAAACAAAACAAGUACAGGUAGUGGUCCAACGUUUGAUAUAUCAAGCAAAUGAAUGAAUACUCGUUAAAUAAAUAAGUAUUAUACAGUUCAGUGUGCACUGGGAGGUUUAUAAAGACAUUUUUCAAAGGUGGCACUGACGGUGGCGUUAUUUCUUUAAUUCCCAACUAAAAAAUUAAUCUGAAGGUCAAAAAAUGAUAAAGAAUAAAUGAAAUUAAACAUAAAUAUAUAUUUUGUUUGCAAACUAACUUUAUUCUGAGGGUUCGUACAAAGUUUGGGAAAUACUUCAUUUUAAAUGUUUUGUUUUCAGGGUUAGUAAUAUCUUUCAAUUCAGAAUGAAAUAGUAGAAAGAUAAUAAAGACUUUUGAGCUUUUGACAUUCUGCAUUUGAGAUCCCUAAAAAUACAAAAUGUUUUACAGCUGCUUCAAGUUUAUAUUGAUUUGUAUCAUAAGAUAAUUACGUUUGGGGAUUUCGCUUUAUUCUACAGAGUUAAAUCAGGAAAGACCCAACUUCCCCUUUUGCCGUUAACCUUGUUUACAGAACUUCUGGACACAGAUUGUACAAAAUGAGAUCUGAAAUGUAGCCUGUAUCGGCUCAGUAUAAAAGUUCAAAUUACCCAUAAUGCAGGCUGUUAAUUAUGGAGGACACAACAGACUCUUUGUUCAGGGUGUUUUAAAACAUAAUCAAUACGUUUCUAUUUUUAGACGUCUGACUAUCAAACUGCAGUGACAAAUAUUUCAACUUUUCCAGCUGUACCCUUGACCCAACAAUGCUUACAUACAGCUGUGUGUGUGUGUGACAAUAUUCCGCAUUCCAUAUCAUAUCAAACAUUUAAAGAGAACUCUUUGCUUUUCUGCAACAUACCUACUGUGUGUGUGUGUGUGUGUGUGUGUGUGUGUGUGUGUGUGUGUGUGUGUGUGUGUGUGUGUGUGUGUGUGUGUGUGUGUGUGUGUGUGUGUGUGUGUGUGUGUGUGUGUGUGUGUGUGUGUGUGUGUGUGUGUGUGUGUGUGUGUGUGUGUGUGUGUGUGUAGCAUGUAUCCAAGAAGAAAAAGGUCUGAGCCAUAUUCAAUGCAAUAUGAAUAGAUGACGUCUCUUUUCAUUUCUAUAUUAAUCGUUUACAUUACAUUAAUGUUUUGACCAUAGUCGAAGACCAUUUAGCACCGAGGAGUAUUGAAUGUUUAAUUUUACUUCAGUGCUGGUUGGGUAAAUGAUUGUGCACGUAUGUAUGUCCACUGAUUAAGCUUUUAAACAGCCCUGUUAGGUUUCUUUUGAUGUAACCUGUUGUAAACUGAAUUGAGAUAUAAAGUUACAGCUGUUUUCUCCUGAGUAUGUGAGGAACUAUUUAUGUGAGGAACUAUUUAUGUGAGGAACUAUUUAGUGUAUCAAGCGUAGCCAUCGUAGAAGUGUGAAGGCUUUUAAACCUAACGUACAUUAUUGAACAACCACAUGGGAAAAUCAAAUUUUCAAUAUAACUGAACAUUUCUUUUAUAAGUGAUCGCUUACGUUUCAUGUUUUCUUUAACAACUUUAUUUGGGAAUAGAGAUUUGUUUUCACUUUGAAGUCAACUUUCCAGAGCUUUCAGCUAUAUUUCCUGCACUUCCUUGAUUAAAAACUAACUUGACUAAAAGCUCCAAAAGACAUCAAAUGUUCCAAAAAACAUUUUUAAUAUUUCAAUGGUGAAGACUUUAGGUAUAAAGAAGUCAAAAGGAUUCUUAAUUGACACGGACAAAUGUUGAAAACAAGUGGUUAUUCUUCGCUUUUAAGUAUAAAAGGGCUAUUUGCUUGUCAUAGUAACUCCUCCUCAUUAAAUGAUAAUGCUUCUCAAACUUUGAAACCAUAAACUAAAAUCAAAUGAAAAGUAAAGUAACCAUAACUUAUCCUCAGCAUUUCUUCGAGACAUUAUUUAUUUUCACAUUUCACUCAAGAAAUUGAUUAGCUUCUCCUUGUCAUAGCAAGUGAAAAGCUAAAAUUGCCUAAAAAAUGAAUUAAUAAAGUGGCACAUUUUUUAAAAGUCAAACAAGGACUUCUACAAUGGCUACCGCUUUCACCCUCAAACUCCCUCCAGAGAUUAUAAAACAGAAAAUGUUUAUAAAUUAAAUCCUGAAUCUGUGAAUGGCGAUGUUCUUUCCUACAAAGAGACCACAGUCAAAAGCUUUGAACGACAUGCACACGCGCUUCUCAUCAAGUAGAAACUUUGUAUUGAGUCGUCUCUCAUCAGUGUUGGUUUAUGCAUGGCAUUUUCUUACCUCCUUCCUUUGGACUUUUUUCUGGUAACGGCUUAAAAGAUGGCAUUAUUGUUGUUUUUAAUUAUUAUAGUUUAAAAUGGUUUCUACCUGAGUUUCCUCUGCGUUUGGACAUUUGCUUUUGUAUUUUUCUGCUGAUGAUGAUGAUGAUGAUGAUGAUGAUGAUGAUGAUGAUGGGAUUACUUGAAGUUUGUUGUUUUAUUUUAUUCAUUUCUCAAAAGAAGAUGUGAUGCUGUGAG